AUGGACGACUGUUUAAAGUACUUUAAGACAGUCUUGACUAAGGUCAACCCAAACAAAUUAUUUCAAAUUCCAAGUUGGAUUCCAAUGUUACACGAUCCCAUUAUUGAAUUUGACCUUGAACCUCCAACUUACCGACAAAUAACAAAUAUUAUUCGUAAAAUGAAAACACCUGGCUCACCUUGUCCUCUAGAUCAAAUCUCCAUUAUAAGUUUUAAGCGUUGCCCAUACCUCCGAACAUAUUUAACCGAACUAAAUCAAGCAGUCUGGCUUUCUGGAUCUGUACCUGACGAAUGGAAGAAAGCUUGUACUAUAUUAAUCCACAAAGAAAAAUUAUGCUAA